AAAAAUUGUAUUUAAUUAAUUGAAAGUUAGAAGCUUUUUUUGUUGAACAAAGUUGGUAUUUUUUGGAAUAAGCAAUAGAAAUGCAAAAAUGUUAAAAAAAAAUGACGAAUUUUUGAUUAUUUUCGAAAUUUUAGAACUUUCAGGCCCGCGGGCAUAAAAGGCGCCCUAGGGCGUAAAAGUACUACUUCGCGCCUUAAAAUGCGGGCGUAAAAGUGCACUUUUACGCCCGUUCGUGCAUAAAGGUUUAUUUAGCCACAAUAAAGUAUUCAUUAAGAGUACCAGUCCUUGUGGCGCCCUCUAGUGACAUGAUCGCUAACUGCCAAUUGCAAGACAACUGUGACAAAAAUAAACACCCGGAAAAUUUGAGUAUUCCUUCAAUUGAACAGCCAAAAUGCCAGAUCUAAAAGUAACCCCCUUGGGCGCAGGCCAAGAUGUAGGCCGAAGCUGCAUUCUACUAUCUUUGGGCGGUAAAACCAUUAUGCUGGAUUGCGGAAUGCAUAUGGGUUAUAACGAUGAAAGACGUUUCCCCGACUUCACAUAUAUCACUUCAGAAGGCCCUUUGACGCCCCACAUCGAUUGCGUCAUAAUUUCCCAUUUCCACUUGGACCACUGCGGAGCUCUGCCCUACAUGUCGGAAAUGGUAGGCUACAAUGGCCCCAUUUACAUGACCCACCCCACAAAAGCUAUAGCACCGAUUCUGCUAGAGGACAUGAGGAAGGUGUCAGUGGAAAAAAAAGGCGAACAGAAUUUCUUUACUUCCCAAAUGAUCAAAGAUUGCAUGAAAAAAGUUAUUGCUGUCACAUUACAUCAGUCGGUGAUGGUGGAUAAUGACAUAGAAAUAAAAGCUUACUAUGCGGGCCAUGUUCUAGGGGCUGCGAUGUUUUGGAUCCGUGUAGGGUCACAGUCAGUGGUUUAUACAGGGGAUUAUAACAUGACCCCUGAUAGGCAUUUGGGGGCUGCUUGGAUUGAUAAAUGUAGGCCUGAUUUGCUCAUAUCUGAGGCUACAUAUGCUACUACAAUAAGGGACUCAAAACGAUGCAGGGAGAAGGACUUUUUGAAAAAAGUACAUGAGUGUGUAGAUAGAGGUGGUAAAGUCUUGAUUCCAGUUUUUGCCUUGGGCCGUGCCCAAGAACUUUGUAUCCUCCUGGAAACCUAUUGGGAAAGAAUGAAUCUCAAAGCCCCCAUAUAUUUUGCCCUAGGUCUAACCGAAAAGGCAAACAAUUACUAUAAAAUGUUCAUUACGUGGACAAACCAGAAAAUCCGAAAAACCUUUGUACAAAGAAACAUGUUUGAUUUCAAACACAUUAAACCAUUUGAUAGGACUUAUAUUGAUAAUCCUGGUCCUAUGGUGGUGUUUGCAACUCCUGGCAUGCUGCAUGCAGGCCUAAGUUUACAAAUAUUCAAAAAAUGGGCCCCAAAUGAGAACAAUAUGAUUAUAAUGCCUGGGUUUUGUGUGCAAGGCACUGUGGGCCACAAAAUCCUUAAUGGAGCAAAAAAAGUAGAAUUUGAAAAUAGGCAAAUUGUUGAAGUUAAAAUGUCUGUAGAGUAUAUGAGUUUUUCUGCACACGCCGACGCCAAAGGAAUUAUGCAACUGAUUCAGUAUUGCGAACCUAAAAAUGUGAUGUUGGUUCAUGGAGAAGCUGAAAAAAUUGCCUUUUUAAAGGAAAAAAUCCAACAAGAAUUCAGUAUAAAUUGCUACAAUCCUGCUAAUGGUGAAACUAAUACCAUUAAAACAUCAGUUAAAAUCCCCAUAGAUGUUUCGCUGCCUCUAUUAAAAAAUGAAGCCAAAAAAUUCAACUCUCUACCACCAGAUCCUAAACGCAGAAGAAUCUUGCAUGGAGUGUUGGUAAUGAAAGACAACAACAUAAGCCUCAUGGAUGUAGAGGAGGCUUGCAAAGAGGCCGGAAUCGAUAGGCACGUAAUCAGAUUCACUUCCACUGUAUCUGUAAAUGAUACAGGCCCUUCCAUGUCCACUGCUCACAAAUUGCACACGUUUAUACAAGAAAAAUUGCCCCAGUGGGGGGUGAGUUUUGCCGAAGGUGAAAUAUCGGUGGAAUCUGUUUUGGUAAAAGUUGAAGGUGACGAUGACGAUUCCCAGAAAAGUGUUUACGUGUCUUGGACUAAUCAGGAUGAGGACUUGGGGAGUUUUAUUUUGGGGUUGAUUAAUGCAAUGGGUCAGUGAUGAGGAUUUGAGAGAAGUGGUUUAAUUUUAAGUACUAAUAAAAAGUUUUUGUAA